UUACCGGGGGGCAGGUCGUCAUGGAGUCGGUUUAACGGACACUUUCUGCCUCAAACUGGAGACUUUAAUCCGUUAACGGCGCCGAAUCGAGAGGAAGCCGCGAUGGGAGAGGAAGAGGCGCCGGCAGCGCUCUCCAGGAAGGAGCAGCGGAAGCUGAAGCUGCUGGAGUACCUGGCCGCCAAAGGGAGGCUCAAAGCGCCGAACCCCAGGCCGUACCUCCGAGAGAACCAGCCGAGGACGCGGCCCGCCGCUCCAGCGCCUCAGGUUGUCAACGCAAAAGAGAAUGAAGCCCCACAGAGGGGGGUCAGGCAGGGCGGGGUCGGACAGAAGGGGGUCGGACAGAGGGGGGUCAGCAGCGCAGGGUCCAGACCAGACCCUGCCUGGAAGGUGUUGAGCGUCUCCAACAGAGUGACGAUCAGCGGCGGCGCCGGAGUUUCUCACAAGAAAACCAACCUUCCAGUUUCAGCCAGCGCCCCGGCUCCGCCCAGACGCAACCGGAACCCUGAACUCGCCAGACCCGCCGCCGCGUCCUCCAGACCCGCCGCCGCCGCGUCCUCCAGACCCGCCGCCACCACCGCAUCUUCCAGAGUCACCGUGUCCACCAGACCCGCCGUGUCCUCCAGACCCGCUGCCGCGUCCUCCAGACCCGCCGCUGCCGCGUCCUCCAGACCCGCCGCUGCCGCGUCCUCCAGACCCGCCGCUGCCGCGUCCUCCAGACCCGCUGCCGCGUCCUCCAGACCCGCCGCCGCCGUGUCCGCCAGACCAGUCGCCACCACUGCAUCCUCCAGAGUGACUGUUUCCGCCUCCUCCAGACCCGCCGCUAUCUUGUCCUCCAGACCCGGUCCACGUCCAGCCGCCGGCGUCGAAAAGCAGCUGAGGGUCCAGCCUUCCGUCAGAGCUCCUCCCAACGCGCCUCGUCCUUCAGUGAAACCCAAGAGCAAGCUGAGCUUCAGCUCUAAAGCUGCCUCUUCGUGUCCGGCGGCGGCGGCGGCCAGCAGCAGGAUCAGCCUCGGGCCUUUGACCAAAACCAGGACCGGGCUCACUCCAGCGGUUCCCCGGCCGAGACCCGCGGCGCCAGGCGGGGCACCCACGGCCGCCGCCAGCUCCAUUCCAGCCGGGAAGGCGGCGCCCAGACGCCCCGGACCCGGGCUUGUGUCCCGCCCGGCUGAGGGCGGAGCCCGCUGGCCUCUCUGCAGACCACACCCUGAGCCCACCAGCAAGAAUCGGCGGCGGCCGGGAUUCGAACCCGCGCCUGCAGGCGGCUCCACGAAGCCAGGCUCUCCAGCCGAAGGGGGGGCAGCUGCCUCGCAGACACCCAGCAGGCCGACAGUCCGGGCCGCCGCCACCGCCGGGAAACUCCAAACCAGCAGAGGAACCGACGGCAGGCAGCAGAACCGAGCGGCCCAGAUCCCAGCAGGACCUCCACCGGGGUCACAGACCGCCCCUCAGCCGGCCAGAACCAUCAGCCUCACGGGCCGCACCGCAAACACCAGGACCCCCGAACUCACCGCCAAGACCGCCGCCCACACCGACAGGAGGAGGCCGACCGCCGCCCAGCAGCAGAGACUGAGGAAGCUGCAGGAAUGGCGGCAGGCUAAAGGGAUUUCCUACAAGCGUCCCUCCAUGCCGGCGCCGUCCUCGGUGGCCCGGAGGACCACCUCGGUGUCCCAGACCCCCUUCUGGAAGUCCAUGAAGGAGGAGGACGAGGCCCAGUCCCUGAUCUGCGCCGUGGACCAGUCCCUGGCCGACUGCAUCACGCUGCUGGAGGAGGGUUGUCCUCCGGACCGGGUGAGCAGCGUCCUGUCUCGCCUGCCGCCCGUGUCCCAGAAGUUCACCAAGUACUGGAUCUGCCGCGUCCGGCUGAUGGAGCGGGACGGAGACCUGGACGUCCUGCCCGUCUUCAAAGACGCCGUCCGGGUCGUCAUGGAGCCGUUGGACGAGCUUCGAGCCGUCGUGUUUGAGAUCCUGAAGAGGAAGAAAGAAAUCCACGCAGCUCCUGAGGAGGAGGAGGAGCAGAGCGCCGGAGAACUCGGUCCGGAGGCCGGACCCGACUCCGCCGUGACCCCCAGACCGACCCGGGCCCUCAUCUGUGGCCAGAACGGAGACUCGGCGGUCAUCAAGUACAAGAUCACGGCCACGCCGGGCGGCCCGCCCAGCCAGAGCCGAGAGGCCGUCAGGGUCAAAGGUCAGGAGGUUCGCUUCUUCACGCCGGUCCGGCGCUCGGUACGCAUCGAGCGGCGCUCCAGCAGAUACCCGGCGGCGCUGCAGGACCACGACCCCUGCGUGGCGUCGUACCACGACCUCUUCGGCGAGGUGGAGGGGGAGGGGGAGGGGCCAGAUGGGGGGGCGGAGCCUGCCGAGGACAGCUGCGACGCUCCCAUGUACGUUUACCGGGAGAACGGCGCUCUGGAGGACAAAGUGGUCGUCCGGUUGGUCUGUGACGACUCGCCGUAGACUCCGCCCCCUCCCCCUCCCCCCUGCUUUACGGUUGACCUUUUGACCCUGAUGCACUGUAAAUACUCGAUGGAAUAAGUUCUUGUGUUUGUGGUUCUGAGCUCCUGUUCCAGACGGCGGCGCUCCUGUUUGUUUGUAUUUGUUGUGAAAAGACAAUAAAAGUUGAGUUG